AUGACCCUGAGCGACAAAUUUCUACUGUCCAUAUGGAGUACAUUACGACGCAUUCUGGCUGCCAGGGGAUUCCUUCUCCACCUGAGACCAGAAAGGGCCAGCGGAGAUCGUAAUGGGGAUUCCCAGGAAAUUGGCAUAAAAGUUUUCAACCAGGCAACGCCUCGGAACAUGUUCCCCGGCCUCUCGGACAGGGAAUGCCACGAGGCAAACGCCCCUCCUACCACAGUUGAUAAUCCUCUCACCCACCCCCGCCCGGCUCACCCCCUAAUCUCCUCGUUGGAAGACCAUAUCUGGCUCAAGUAUCUAUGUCCCUUGACACUUAUUAACAUUAGCGACAUGUGGACGGGACGGCGGCGAAGUCAUGUGAUAUGCGAAUCCUGGGCCGCGGCUACCAAUGUCCAAGAGAUGGACGUACGAUCUACGGCCGCUCUGAAGUUUGACCAGUCGCGUCUCAUAUUUGUUCGUCAAAUAGCCGAGCAUGACUUUUCGUGUCUCAUUUCCUGGCAGCACCAAGCCUCCGGGCAUCGUUUACCCAACCGCAAUCAAAAUACCUGGCCGGAUCCCGGAACACUUCCUCGGGACAACACAGUACGGACGUACAACGCACAUAUCCUGUCCCUGACGGGCCGAAGGCAAAAUCUGCCCCUGUUUCAUGACUCUUUUGGGAUCGGGCCUUGCCCGGGGCUCUCGGACUAA